AUGCGAUCUUUCGUUGCCUUUGCGGCUUUGGCCCUUUCGGCUGCUGAUCUGGCUUCUGCCGGUCCCUGCAAGCCUCGUCCUACCACCACAGCUGACACAGCUACCUUGGCCACCACAGCCGACACAGCUACCUUGGUUCCUACAGACGACACAGCUACCUUGGCCCCCACAGCCACAACCGAGACUUCUGCUGCUGGUGAUGCUGAUGCUACCACUCUACCUGAGCCCCCUACCAACGAGCCUAUUGUGAACUCCUGUAAUGGUGGCGGCAUGACUGAUCUCACUGUCUUCAACCUUCAGGGUGACGUUAAGUCUAACGAAAAUGACGGUGUGACCACCGAUGGAAGCCAAGAUCAAGCUUGUGCUCAGCUCUCGGCCCAGUCUACUGGCGGGACUCGUAAGCGUCAGAAUGCCGGUGAGGUUGCUGCUAUUGGGCAGGAUCUCUCUGGUCUGAACACUCACACCAAGUACACCGUCCAAUUCUACUACCGUGUUGCUACUCCCCCCACCGGGAACACUGACUGUAGCCUCGAGGCCUACAUCGGUAAUCUUCGAUUUUUCAACACCGGCAUCUUUUCCAACAGUGCUAGUGCUGGCUACAACCAGGUUCUCAUCUCCACAAGCGUUCCUGCCGCUCAGGGUGAGCUGAACAUCAAGACCACCUGUACCAAUGGCGGCUCUGCUUCAGUUCUCAUUGACUCCAUCUUCAUGUCCAACCAGGUCACUCCUGAGAACAUUGACAACUACCGCCUUGACUUUGGUGAUGGCCAGAUUCGUGAGCCUGCCAACCAUCCUGCUACCACUGUCGGCACCCAAGCCCCUGCUACUACUCAGGGUGGUGCUGCUACUGGCGGAAACGGCAACAACUCCGCUCAGCCCACCACUACUGCCCAAGAUGGCGAAGAGACCUCUCAACCCACUCAGGGCAGUGGUUCCCAGACUACCCAGGGAAGCGGUUCUGGCUCCCAGUCUACCACUGUUGCAGGUGGAGAUUCUUCGGCCACCACUAGCGCUGCUGGAAAUGAUAACGAUGCCUCCACACAGACCCAGGGCUCUGGCUCGCAACCCACAAGUGCCACUCAGGGUUCUGAUUCUGACGCCACGACCGAGACCCAGGGAUCCGGCUCCCAGCCUUCCACUGCUACUCAGGGCCCUGACUCUGAUGCCACCACUCAGACCCAAGGAUCUGGCUCUCAGCCUACCACUGUUACCCAGGGUUCUGACGCUACUGCAUCUAGCGGUGACUCUACUGAGACCAAGACUGACAGUGCCGAGACAAGAACUAGCGAUGCCGCCUCUGAGCAGACUCAGAGCUCUGAUGCUGAGACUCGCACCAACACUGCUGGUUCCGACCAGACACAGACCCAGACUGCUUCUUCUCAGGGUACUCAGUCUAGUGCACCAGCAUCCGAGCAGACUGAAGCUACUUCUGUUCCUACCACCACUGCCCCUGCGGAUUCCGAGUCUACUAUUGUCCCCGCUGGCACUGAGUCUACCUCUGUCGCUGUUGUUGACGAGUCUGCUACCACUACCACCGCUCCUGCUGACACUGAGUCUACUACUGCCUCUGCGGAUUCCGAGUCAACCUCCGCCCCUGCUGGCACUGAGUCUACCUCUGUCGCUGUUGUUGACGAGUCUGCUACUACAACCACUGCCCCUGCGGAUUCUGAGUCUACCACUAUCCCUACUGGUACUGAGUCUACUUCCGCCGCUGCUGAUGAGUCUGUUACUACUACCACUGCCCCCGCUGACUCCGAGUCAACUUCUGCUUCCGAUAGCGAGUCCAUUACUACCACUACUGCCACCUCUGGUGCCGAGUCUGCCACCACAACCGAUGCUUCUUCUGGUGCCGAGUCUGCUACUACUACUGCCACCUCUGAUGCCGAGUCUGCCACCACAACCGAUGCUUCUGGUGCUGAGUCUGCCACCACAACCGAUGCUUCUUCUGGUGCUGAGUCUGCCACCACAACCGAUGCUGCUUCUGGUGCUGAGUCUGCCACCACAACCGAUGCUUCUUCUGGUGCUGAGUCUGCCACCACAACCGAUGCUUCUUCUGGUGCUGAGUCUGCCACCACAACCGAUGCUUCUUCUGGUGCUGAGUCUGCCACCACAACCGAUGCUUCUUCUGGUGCUGAGUCUGCCACCACAACCGAUGCUUCUUCUGGUGCUGAGUCUGCCACCACAACCGAUGCUUCUUCUGGUGCUGAGUCUGCCACCACAACCGAUGCUUCUUCUGGUGCUGAGUCUGCCACCACAACCGAUGCUUCUUCUGGUGCUGAGUCUGCCACCACAACCGAUGCUUCUUCUGGUGCUGAGUCUGCCACCACAACCGAUGCUUCUUCUGGUGCUGAGUCUGCCACCACAACCGAUGCUUCUUCUGGUGCUGAGUCUGCCACCACAACCGAUGCUUCUUCUGGUGCUGAGUCUGCCACCACAACCGAUGCUUCUUCUGGUGCUGAGUCUGCCACCACAACCGAUGCUUCUUCUGGUGCUGAGUCUGCCACCACAACCGAUGCCUCUGUUGCUGAGUCUGCCACCACAACCAAUGCCUCUGUUGCUGAGUCUGCCACCACAACCGAUGCCUCUGUUGCUGAGUCUGCCACCACAGCCGAUGCUUCUUCUGGUGCUGCGUCUGCCACCACCACUGAUGUCUCUUCUGGUGCCGAGUCUGCUACCACAACCGAUGCCUCUGUUGCCGAGUCUGUUACUACUACUGCCACCUCUGGUGCCGAGUCUGCCACCACAACCGAUGCCUCGACUGCAAGCGAGUCUCUCAUUACCACCACUACAACUGCUGGUACCGAGUCUACUUCCGCUCCUGCAAUCAGCGAGUCCUCAGCCACUAACUCCAGUACUCCCGAUGAAACCACUACCUCCUCUUCCUCUGAGGCCACCCAAGCCUUCGUUGCUCGUGCUGAGCCUGCUCGCACCCAGUGUCUCGAUGUCGGCAACUCCGUUGAGAACGGUAACUUCGAAAACGCCGCUGCUGAAUGGACCUUCAUUGGAAGUGCUGUUGCUGUUGAUAAUGAGGGACUUGGCCCCAAGGCCCACACCAUCGGGUCCUACGGCGUUGGGUUCACCGGACCCACCAGCGGCUCCUUCAGCCAGACCAUCAGUGGCCUCGAAGUUGGCGAGAGGUACUACCUCAGCUACGCCUACUACGUCGCUACCGAUGACAGCCCCUCCGCGAACGAUUGUUCAGUCAAGGUCACCCUCGGCUCCGACGAGGUUGAGACCUUUGAUCCUGUCCAGGAAACCGAGGCCCGCGACGGAUUCCGCAACCACAUCUUCGAGGUCUCUCCCAGUUCCGCGGACAGCGAGCUAUUGUUUGAGCUUAGCUGCAACAACAAUCCUGACACCUUCGAUCUUAUGAUGGACGACAUUUACCUUGUCCGCUGCGACGAGUAA